AUGAAGCCAGAAACUUUAGUUAUGAAAAUAAUAGAAGCUAUUGAAACAGCUUUCCCAACUGUAAUAACUUACAAUGGUAAAAAAAUCAACAUAACUAAAAAACUUAUUGAUAAAUACAAAUAUUGUAAAGUCAGAGACGAAAUAGACUUAGAAAGAAUUGACGCGAAUGCAGAAGAAGGUGGAUUUUUACCUUUCCUACCUUUGAUAUUUGCCGGUCUUACCGCCGCGGAUGCAGUAGCUGGAGGUACAGCUGCUGGAGGAAAAGCUGCCAAUGCAGAUAAAGCAGCUGCAGUAAAAGCUGCCGAAGAACAUAGACAUAAUUUAGUAAUUGAAAAGGAAGCACAGAAAUUACCUUCUGCAAAAAAGGUUCAGGAGUGGCAGAAAUAUUAG